AUGGGAACUUCACAACUACAGUCGGGUGUUGCAACAAAACAGCAACCGCAUCUCGGUCUCGGUCUCGGAUUUGUCCCAGUUUCUAUCGCCAGCUGUACAUCCUGCCCAACUACCUUACCGCAAUACAUUACCCUGACACAAACCCUCACCUCCCUCUCCUCCUGCACCAUCCCACCCCGCGAAACAGUCUCCACAUCCUGCAGUCCUCUCCCACCAUUGGAAUGCGACCGCGAGCGAGAUUACCUAAUCCUCUUUAUCAUAUUCCUGAUUCUCUUCGUAAUAUUCUUGAUCUUGUUUAUUGCCGCUUGUUUGUGGUAUUGGAGGUUGAGGAAGAGGUGUAGAUGUCUGAGUUGUGGGAUGAUGGCGUAUGAGUGUGCGUGUCCUGGAGGACCGACUCUUGGUGGUGCGGCGCCGCCUGUGGAGGGUGGAGGAGAGUAUAGUGGUGGUGGAGGAGGAGGAACGGAAGGCGAGGCGCCUGGGGAAGGGGGUUCUGGUGGUGGAGGCGGAGGUGGUUAUGGAGGAGCUGGAGGAGGUGAGACGGGUGUGCCGUCUGGAUCUGGUGGUGGUUAUGGAGGAGCGAUACAAGAGACGCCUGCGACUGGGUAUGGUAGAGCGAGCUGA